AUGGACGAAUCAACGAUCCUUGCGAUGAGUGUUGCGCGGGCUGUCGAGGCCGAUGCAGCUCUUAUCGAGGAACUUCGACAAGAAGACCAGAUUGCGCGUGAUCGUAUGAUCGCGGAAACCCUAGAAACCGACCCCGAAGCGAUUAUUGAGCCAUACCAGUCUGCAAUCGAUGAAGAAACGUUUGAAACACUACGACAAUUCAAUGUCAUCGCUACCAGCAACGCUGGAGAAACUGACAGUGGAGAAGAACGGACUACUGAUGGUACCCAGAAUGAUCAACAAGCCCAACAGAUCCAGCUCGCUGCCAAUACAGACGAAAUACAAGAUACUGUUGUUGACCUUGAGGACGGUGCCCAAAGAGUCAACCCUGUUGAAGACCCCUUGGGCACGACUACUGCGGACAAGCCAGCAAAAGAACAACAGGAAACAGAUGUUCCGGGUAAAGCCCGAAUUCAGGAACAGGAACGGGAUACUGCACAGAAUGUCUUGACUGUUGUGGAAGAAUCCGCUGCUCGAGCCCAACCAACCAACAUUGCACCUGUCCCGGACAAACAGUGCGUCUCCUGUCAGGACGACUUCCCCGCCACCGAGACCUUUGAGGCACCUUGUUCUCAUCACUGGUGUCGAAGAUGUCUCAUUAUCCGUAUCGAGGCUUCCCUCAGAGAUGAGUCUCUCUUCCCACCCACGUGCUGUGAACCUCUUCCCGUCGAAGUGGGUGACUUCAUCUCGCAGGAAAUGGUUGACUUGUACCAAGAAAAGACCUUGGAAUUCUCGACUAUUGAUCGCACUUAUUGUAGCGAUGCUACAUGUGCGGCUUUCAUUCGACCUCAGUCCAUCGAAGGCGAUCUGGGGCGUUGCUCUGGCUGCGAAAAACAGACUUGCGUCCUCUGUAAACGUGCCUCGCAUGAGGGUAUCUGUCCUGAGGACAAUGCCGCACAAGACGUUCUACGUCUAGGCGAGGCAGAGGGGUGGCAAAGAUGUGAGAAGUGCAAGCACCUUAUUGAUCUCAACACAGGUUGCUUCCACAUCAGUGAGUAUAUAUUCCAGCAGCCCUCAGACUCGUCUUUAACUAACAUUGCGCAGCCUGCCCUUGCGGUCAUCAAUUUUGCUACCUCUGUGGAAACCUUUGGAAGACCUGCACGUGCCCCCAAUGGGAAGAAAACAGACUUGUCGAUGCCGCUGGCCAGCGUGUUGUAA